AUAACUUCUUUUUUCAAAAAAAAAAUCUAAACUCGUUGAGUUAGUUAACUUUAUAGUUUAGCUAAUUGAGCUUAUGAAUUUGUAUCCCAAUCUACCAGUUUGAUAUUCUCGCAUUUCAAAAAACUAGUUCAACGGCGGUCAAAUUUUACCAGAUUAAUUCAAUGUCUAAACAAUCCUUAUAGCCACAUACAAGACAAGUUGAACAACCAGAGGGAAAACUGGAAAACCAUCAGAGCCAUUUCACAGUGGCACUUUCAUUGAACCAGUUUGGCGUAAUCAUUACACUGUCAUACCCUUUUUGUGAUCAUGUUUUGCAUCAAAGAAAUGGCCAAAAAGGAAGAAUUAUACUCAAAUCUAUUACGAGCAUAUGCACAAGACUCAAACUUUCUGAAAGGAACAGCAAUUCACGCUCAUUUCAUCAAAGGGUAUAUCCCUUUUACUCUCUUUCUUCAAAACCAUUUACUCAACAUGUAUAUCAAAAUCCGGGACCUUACUUCUGCACUCCAACUGUUUGAUGAAAUGCCAGAUAGAAAUGUGGUCUCAUGGUCUGUUGUCAUGGCGGGUUGUAUCCGUAACGGCUGUUCUUCUGAAGCUCUUUCUUUGUUCACCAGUAUGCACCGUGAGGGAGUCACGAGACCGAAUGAGUUUACAUUUGUUAGUGCUCUCCAAGCUUCUUCGUUGUUAACCGAGAAUGAGACGCAGGCUUACCAAAUUUAUUCGUUAGUGGUUCGGUCGGGACUUGAGUCUAAUGUAUUUUUGCUGAACGCGUUUUUGACAGCUUUAGUUAGGCAUGGAAAAUUGACGGAAGCCUUGCGGAUUUUUGAGACGAGUUCUAUUAGAGAUAUUGUGACAUGGAAUACUAUGAUAGGGGGUUACUUGCAGUUUUCUUGUGAACAGAUUCCGGUGUUUUGGCGCUACAUGAUUUGUAAGGAUGUGAGGCCGGACGAGUUCACUUUUUCCAGUGGUUUAACGGGGUUGGCUGCCAUCUUCUAUCUUGAAAUGGGAAUACAGGUUCAUGCAGAGCUUGUUAAAAGUGGUUAUGGGGAUGAUAUCUGUGUAGGGAACUCUUUAGUUGACAUGUAUAUAAAAAAUCAAAAGUUGGAGGAGGGUUUCAAAGCUUUUGAUGAGAUGCCUAACAAAGAUGUAUGCUCUUGGACACAAAUGGCGGAUGGAUGUUUACGGUGGGGGGAACCAAGAAAGGCGCUUGCGGUCAUUGUACAAAUGAAGAAAAUGAGUGUUGAGCCAAAUAAAUUUACCUUGGCAACUGCUCUAAAUGCUUGUGCUUGUUUGACUUCAUUGGAGGAAGGGAAACAGUUUCAUGGCUUGAGGAUGAAACUUGGAAGUGACGUUGAUGUUUGUGUUGAUAAUGCUCUUCUUGAUAUGUAUGCAAAAUGUGGAUGCAUGGAUAGUGCACGGGCACUUUUUCGAUCGAUGAAUUCUCGUUCUGUUAUCUCAUGGACAACAAUGAUAAUGGCGUGUGCACAGAAUGGUCAAUCUAGAGAAGCUCUUCAAAUUUUUGAUGAAAUGAGGGAAACGAGUGUAGUACCAAAUUACAUCACAUUCAUUUGUGUUCUUUAUGCAUGUAGUCAAGGUGGGUUUGUUGAUGAAGGGUGGAAGUAUUUUUCCUCCAUGAAUAAUGACUAUGGAAUCAUUCCCGGAGAAGAUCACUACAUUUGCAUGGUGAGUAUCCUAGGCCGGGCUGGGCUUAUCAAAGAAGCUAAGGAAUUAAUCUUACGAAUGCCGUUUCAACCUGGUGUGCGGGUUUGGCAAACAUUGCUAAGUGCUUGUCAGGUUCACGGGGAUGUAGAAACCGGGAAACUUGCAGCAGAACAUGCCAUAAAACAUGACAAAAAUGACCCGUCAUCCUAUGUAUUAUUGUCUAACAUGUUAGCUGAAUCAAGCAAUUGGGAUGGUGUGGUGAGUCUGAGAGAACUAAUGGAGGUAAGGAAUGUAAAGAAAAUACCAGGAUCCAGUUGGAUUGAUAUUGAAAAGAUUUAAUUAUCAGGAACACAUUACACAUGGUUGAAGGAGAAGUUGUUUAGAGGAUUCCCUCUCCUUCCUUUGGGUGUUUGUGAUAUAUCCAGUUAGUUUAUAUAUAGAGGGCAAUAUAUUAAUGUACACGCCUCGUCCUCCGAAAGAAGCUCAGUUUUGUUAGGAUGUUUUCACUUUUUGGAUGUUAUUUUGUGCAUCUUAAUUUUUAUAACAUUUUUUGUUUUCUGUAUCUUAAGAAUUCAUCAUUCUUGAUAGCUAGGAUGAAAUACAUCUAAUGCUGGCAUGUAAGUUAUUAGUUAUAAGAACUCUGAUUCGUGCAGUAAGAGAGAAAACACACAAUUAUACAGUCAAAACUAAGAUACAAUUGAAUUCAUUCUGUAACAUUUCCUAAUAGGGAAUCAUUUGGGAGUUCUUACAAUAAAAUCAAGAAAACAAAAAGAAUCAAACAAUUAUAUGGAAUAUAGUUCAUGUGAAGCAACCAAGUUCUUAGAAAUCUCAAAUAUAAGCCUGGCCUCAAAUGCAUCACUAGAAUAACCUUUAGAAGACCCUUGCCGAAUCGUUGGAGCCCCUUUCACACCAAACUUGUUAUCAGUGUUCAAUGCCCCUCCUACAUUACCAGCCAACUUCAACAUAAAGUUCAUAUAAACAUUCUUAACCUUUCUCACCAAUUUCACUGGUGAUCUUAUCAUCCAUCUUAGCUUUGGACUUGUUCUG